AUGCGAGUUUGACAGUUGAAGCUUUGCAAACAUCUCGUGUGCAGGCAAAAGAUACGCGAUCCGCGAUUCGGGACUUGAAAAAGAAGGAUUCAUUUGAUUUAAGAUCGCAAUUUAGUGCCGCUCGCUAUUCACAACGGGACAGAGGCAUGUGUUACGCGUAACAGUGUGUAGCGAAAUUCGUUUCUCGAGUGAACGCUUCGCCCCGCUUCGUACGUAGAGAAAGUUAUCGGAAUUGAAAAAUAUAACCUCACUUUUCGCUUCGGCGGGUGUUGCUUCGGUUCGGACAGGAAGAGAAACAAACCGCCCGAACCAAAAGUGAUCGAAAUCGAAGCAAACCCACGCGUCACGAAAUUAAGCGCCAAUCGAAUUUUCUUCAUUCGAAUCCAGUCCAACCCCGACGAAGAUUGCGGAUUAGAAGGCGUUUUUACUUUGUUGGUCGAAAGUGUUUUUCGCUUAUGUGAUGCAUUCGCGGUGAUACAAGCGGUGUAAAACCGUUCGGUAUGAGAGUAAAACUCGCUAAUAAUUACGUGUUGAUGGCGGUGUAGCAUCCACCAGCUCAAGCGUGUCUUGCAAAAAUUUGCUAGUUUCGUGGCAAAAUCUUACCGUGCGGUGUUAAGUUGGAAGCAAAAUAAGCUUUUCAAAACAUCUGUGAGUUCACAGGUGGUGUGUAGGAGUGAUACAUUGUAACGCCUUGAACAUUGGACGGGUGACCUCGCUAAGAACACCGAGCCGUGCCUACGGACAACCGGGCAACAUGGCAAAUCAACAAGGAUUGCAACAGCGUGAGACGCUUGCCACUGAAAUACUGCAACAUCAACACAAUCAGCAGCAUCAGGACGAGGAGGAAGAGGAAGAGGGUGGCAGCAUAAGUGUGCGACCUAAUGUUGGCAUUAAGCGCAGAUACAGCGAGCUCAUGUGUGAGAGUGAUGAAGACGAUUUCGCAGGUUUUGAUGAAGAUGCCGCCAGCAGUGAAAACGGCACAAUAAACUCUCCGCGGCCACUGGAUGUUAUUUAUGAAGCGAUUUUGACAGCGGCUGAAAAAAAGUUGACAGAAAACAAUAAGCUUAUGGAGGACGACAGUGUAUCUGAGCUGCAAAACAGUAUAAAACAGGAAGAUAUGGACGUGAGCGGUACGGCUCUGAAUGAAAGCAACAGAAGCCUGGUGAAGCGUAAGGUGAAUGUGCCGGUAAACACGCAGGAUGAUAUCUACAAAGUACCCUUUAAGUAUGGUUGGAAGCGAGAACUGGUGUAUCGCGCCAACAUGGAAGGCAACAGCAAGGAUAAGGGCGAAGUGUAUUACAUUACACCCAGUGGAAAGAAGCUACGUACCCGGAAUGAUAUUGUGUCCGCCUUGCAUGACGAUCUCACGAUGGACAAUUUUACGUUCGCAAAAGAACCUGUUGGAGGAACACCUGAGGAAGAAACUAUAAGGAGCGCCAAAUCGUACAGCAAUGUUCCCAAACGGUCCAUGCCUGGUGCUGCGCAUUUUACGGCUAUGGACACAUCGGGUGAUUUAGGAAAACGAGUCCCUAAGCCCAAAAUGCCGAAAGGAGCAAGUCCUCCUUUACCCUCAUACUACGCGAAAGCCAGUGCACCCAGCCAAGCACCGUUGGCGAAAUCCUCCUCACUAAACACUCAUAUCCCAACGAAAGCUAGUGCAACUGGUGCUAGUCUGUUAGUACCCGCGAGUGGGCAACGUAGCAAUACACAGGGAGCAACAGCGACAAUGAAAGGAAAUGAAAAUAGUGCAAAUACCGGAAAGCAGGCAAAAUUCAGUGGGAAAAUCAAGGUGGAAACUUGUACUAUCCAAUGUCUACCAGCGAUGGGAAUGAUACCGCAGUUGCAGUGUAUGGUGUGCUACUGUAUGUACCAUCCGGAAUGUGUGCAUGCUACGACAGCGGAAGCAUUAGCUCGACGAUUUACUUGCAAGAGCUGCAUGGAAGACUCUAUGGCAGCGGAAGUACAGCAGCAACAAACGUACAAAGAAUCGUUCGGCAAAUUUGGCACUAACACCAACGGAAACGGUAGCCUCAAUGCCACCAAACCAUUGGUUGCCGCCACCAACAACGGUGGGUCACUAGCAACGAACCGGAUGGCAAAACCGCUCCAGUAUAAUAGUAGCACACCCAAGGAAAAAGGCAAACAGCGCUCUCAACAACAACAAGGGUUCAAGACUGCCGCCACUACUCCUGCGGCGAAUGCGUCAGCAGCAGCUGCUGACACAAGCGCUGUGAACAGUUCGUCGCCGCCCGCAAAGGACAUUCCUCCGCAAGAUGUUCUCGUGAUUGGCGCCCAUGAGUAUGUGGUCAUUCCGAAGGGCAAACCGACGACCGUGAAGGGCAAAAAAUCUUCUUCCAAACCUACCAAUUCUCUACCUCAAGCUCAAGCAAUCAAAAACUCGGAUGACGGGCGUAAAACGAACAUCAAUGCUUCCAGCGGUUCCAACAGCGCGAAGCAAACCAACUGUGCUGCCACCGACCGUAUAUCAGAUGAUGAUGCCGGAGGAACUCACGCGCCCAGCAGCAGCACUACCGUUGCACCGAGUGGGACCGGCCGCCAUCCGUCGAAUUUUCUUUCGGACGUAUCGGCAGGCUACACUUGCUUGAUGUUGAGCUUCAACUAUCUUAAAGUACAAGAACUUCUUCGCGCCUGCAGCGUGUGCCGCAUGUGGAACCAUUUAGGGAAUCAUCCCCGAUUCUGGAAAACGGUACGCAUGAAAAACUCGUACAUCAGUGACUGGGCAGGCAUGAUCGCUAAGCUGCGCAAAAAUGGUACAAAACAUCUCGACCUGCGUAAGGUACUGAACGUCGGCAGCAAUGACGAGAUGUGGCAAAGUUUCAACGAUCACAUAGGGCAGGCCGAUCAAAUCGAGGUGAUCGAUCUGUGUCGAUGCUCCUCGUCGGUGGUGGGCAACCUGUUGCGCUCUAAUCCCAACCUGCGGGUAGUGAAUGCGCUCGCGAUCAAGAAUGAUCCGAUCGAUUUUGUAAACUUUGAGCACGGUGUACGGUUGGAAGAGUUGCGCCUCAAAUCGUCGGCCGCCAUCUCACUGGAAGGCGAUCUGCAUCAGUUGGCGGCCUUACGAAACCUGAAGCACCUUUCGCUUACCUCAAUAAGCAAGCUAGGGUCAACCUCGAUCGAAGCGUUGGGUUGUCUCGUGUUGCUGGAAUCGCUUGAGCUCGGUGAAUGCACCGAGAUGGGAUCUAAUCUUGCUAGCGUGCUAACGAAACUAACUUCGUUGAAGCGGUUACGAUUAGAGAAAGGGCAGGAGAAUUGCGAUAUGUUUACCAUCCUGAACGGCAUAUCGAAGGUGAGCUCGUUAACACAGCUAGAGUUAAUCAAUUGCGAUGUCAAGUUGGGCUUCGAUCGACAUAUCGUAAACUGCACGAAUGUGAAGAAGCUGCUACUCAUCCCGACGUACGUGUCGCAGUCAGCGGCAACGAAUCGCAUGGUUUUGAAGGGAAUCAUUAAGCUUCACCAGACCCUGGAAACGGUGAUAUGGGCCAUCACCGUGGAACUUUUGCGCGUCACCGAGCUGUACAUCGAUGCGAACGUCGAGGAUGCCGAAAGCCAAAUGGGCGGUAGCAUACCGAUCCUGAAACCGGUGCCCGGCAGUGAUGAUCCACCAUCUGCCGUUGGCUCGCAGCUGGAUCUACCGGAGGAGGUUGAGAUUGUGCCGUUGAAGCGAGUGGAUUCCAUUUUGAAGCGCAAAGUUCCUAACACGAAGCUUCAAAUACUGAAGAUACCUUUCAACAAUACCUGGAAGCAAACGAUGUGUGAUUCCUCUUGAAAUGGUUGGACACUGUGGGUAAAAGUAUGCACGCUACUUUUUUCUUUUUGCGUGCGUGUCGUACGUUGGCUAGUUUCGUUUGUGACUUUUCACUGGAUGAAAGUUUCGGAAAAAGUGUGGAAGUUUUGCUUGAAAUUCUAGUUUACAUUACCUCAAAGCUGCUGGGGGUUUUGCGUUUAAUAGUAUUGGCAUUUUGCAGUUGCUAUAACAAGCUAUUGGUACUUUUACUUCCGAUAUCUGAAAAAAUGAUAUCUGAAGGGUCAUCCAGUAUAUAUCGCCCAUUGUUUCGGGUUCCUCUUCUUACUCAUGUGAUGUGAAUCGCUUGUGAUCUUUCCAUUUGCCACAAUCGGCUCGACACUAUCCUCCUCGGCUACAACCGGAGAAUUAGGAACCUUUUCUGUUGAAACUUGAGUGGAUGAACCCGAAGCGUCUGAUUUGGUUUCUUGGACGCCUUCUUGCUCAACAGACCAAUAGGUGGUAAAAACUCGGGCAUUAUCAGAGCUUCCGAUUUUCGAUAUCUGGCAUAUCAUCUUUUGGGUAUGGUCUUCCCUGUAUGAAAGUCACAUGCCCCGGGCGGUACUGCCCAAAUGUAACUUUGGUCUUUGGCGUGACCACGCAUGCAGUUUGCUGUCCUCGAGAAGAUCGUCGAAUUGUCGUCCUUUUUGUCCGCGUUUCGGGCAAAAUGGAUGGAAUCACCUUCUCCUGUAACGGUGAUUACUCUGCUAGAUCGUUUAUUUAAAAUCUUUAGAGAUGUAUUAAUCCCUUGGGAAGACGUCCCACCUCUUUGCCUACAAUCCCAUUUCUUCUCAGUUGGAGUAAUUGCCGAUUGCGCGACAAUGUCAAUACAGUCUCCAACACCACAACGUUAUGUCUGAGGUAUAUGCUUUUUCUAACGUUCAGUGCAGUUUAACGUUACUGUUCGGUUAAGCAAAUAAAAAGCAAAUUUGUCGUCAGUUAGCGCAAGGCCGGCGAAAGGCCCCCGGCAAAGGUUAUAGAGCUAGAUUUUAUAUAGGAAAAAGAACCCCCCUGUUUUUUUUUGUUUAGAAUCAGCGACGUAAGCAGCGUAGCGCGUAAUAAUAAUCAUAAGGCAAGUGAGGCAAGGUACGUAGUCGGCCAAAACAUGUACAUUUUAAAGAUAAACAAUGAAAGAAUUAAAAUACCCGUAAA